AAUAAACUUUCCCGCCUUUGUUUGAAAUUGAAGUUCUAAUUUCAGAGACAAAAAUUUAAAUUUUGUUUCUAUUUUUAAUAUUAUUUUUAUUUUUUAUUGCCAAGAAACCUAAAUAUGAAGCACCAGCAGGUUAGCGUAGACUACUGGUCUAUGGGGAAGGCUAUGGUGGUGUAUGGAGCAUUGACUAUAUUGUGUUGGGUGAUGCUGCGGCUUUUCAACACAGUUUUCACACUGCCAAGGAGGUUGCGAGCUCAGCACGAAAAUGUUCAGGAAACUUUGAAGGAACUUCAGAAACGGUUCCCUGACCUGAACAUAACUGAAGAAGAGUUGAAAGAAGCUGAAAAAGAACUGGAGGCAUUGACAAAAGAAGAAGAAUCCGCGGAAAUCAAGGAUAAAGAGGAAACUUCUCAGAUAGAGGACAAAAAAACUAUUUAAUACUCCUUUUAAAAAUUUCGUUCAUACUAUUAGGUCAGUCAGUACAAAAAUAUUUUUCCUUUAAUUGCCUUUAUGAUUUGGCCAAAUCGUAAAAAAGAUCACCAUCAUGUUACAUAAAUCUGCAGCAUGGAAAGGUUUUUGGGAAUUCCCGUUUAAGCGAAACCCUAGGCCAAAGCACGUAAAUAUAUACUUAAGAGUGUCGUAGAAGUAGCC